AUGGCUGAAAAUGAGAAUCAUGAUAGGGAAAUGGUGAAUCAAAACAGGACACUUAGAGAUUAUUUGCAACCUGUCAGAACUGGCACACCCUCAUGCAUAAUUCAACCUUUGAAUGCAAACAAUUUUAAUUUCAAACCUGGAAUUAUUCCAUUAAUUCCACAUUUUCAUGGCAUGGAUUCUGAGAACCCUUAUUUGUAUAUCAAAGAAUUUGAAGAGGUUUGUUCUAUAUUCAUGGACCGGACUUGCACUGAGGAGGUUAUAAGGCUUAAGUUGUUCCCAUUUUCUUUAAAAGAUAAAGCUAAAACAUGGUUGAAUUCAUUGAGACCUAGUACCAUAGGUACAUGGUCUAGGCAAGUUGAGUCUACUCAUGGGAAAUAUACUGUAAAUGAAGAUGAUGAUUUGCGUGCUAAAUUAACCUUGCUGUCUAGAAAAGUGGAAGCCAUGGAAUUGAAGAAAGUGAAGGAAGUGCAUGCUGUCCCUAAAUUUUCUGAGAAGUGUGGCAUAUGUGAGGAUCAUGGGCAUUCAACUAAUGAAUGUCCCAUGAUCCCUGCUUUCAAAGAAGUAUUGUUGGACCAAUCUAAUGCUGUAAACAUGAUACAUAAACCAUAUUCUGGUCCUAAUUCUAAUUCUUAUAAUCCAGGAUGGAGGAGUCACCCAAAUUUCAGUUGGAGGGGUGACCAGCAUGUAGCUCCAGCAACCUUGGCUCCGGGGCCCUCUCAACUCGCAAUUUAA